GUGCGCUUGUAUAUUUAUUUCAUUUCUGUUUGAUUGUGGAAGAAGCGAACUGUAUCCAUCCAUUCAAUGGACAAGCACUAAUCCAGUGUUUGCAUCGAACAGAACACAUUGUGUUCACCCAAUGUCUAAAGUGAUAUUCGUGUGCCCAAACACAGCUACGAUAGUUAAAAGACUCGCCCAUAGUAGUUACGUUGAUCCACAGUACGAAAAUCUGUGGCUGGUCAGCAAACAAAGUUACGAGCGAUGCGAAAUAAAUCGAAGGACUGAUACGAGACUAUGGCUGUGUGACGAACCACUUAAACUAAAAUAUUAUACGGUGACAUUUAAGAGAUUUAGCGCCAGCAAUGAGCCCGAAUUUCACCCGGGAAAAGAGUACUAUUUUGUAGCAACGUCAGAUGGAAGAAAAACGUCUAUUAACAGUACGUCUGGAGGAAACUGUAGAACAAACAAUAUGAAGCUGAAAUUCCUUGUUUGUGCAAGUAGUACAGAUCCACGUUGCAAAAGUGAAGACAUGUGUAACGGUGUCUCCCCAACAAAAUCGCAAACUUCAUCCAGGCCUACCAACCCACCAACAACUGUUGAAUCUCAUUCAACUAUGAAAAACAGUUCAUGUGCCAACAAAACUCAUCCCACGACAAGAAUCAGUAAUCCAGAUGAUCCUGAAAAAGAUGAUCGUGAAAAAGAAAAUGAUGUGUUAUUAAGGGAAUCGAGUUGUAAGAUUCGGAUCGGUUUUCUGGCGGGUUUGUGCAUCCUUGUGGCCGCCCUUUCCACUAUCCUGAUCUACAAGUAUCACUGGAAUAGAAAACCUAGGUCUUCGUCGUCACGUGACAGUGCGUCAUUGGUGCACAAAAUCGGCAGUAAUGACAGCGCAGGUGGGGACAUCUGAGAGUAAAUAGCUCUGAAUGAAACUGCGCCAGACUUGUGAGAAUAACCAAGACUGGGAGACAAUUCUUGAACGAUCCUACGGCGUUUUUUCAAGGUGUCUAAAAAUGUUUUUUUCUUACCAUUUUUCCAGCAACGGUGUAAGAAAAAACUGAAAGGAUAAGCGAGAAAAUAUGUAAUCUUUUCUCCAAGUCAUCAAUUACGCUUUCAUCGGACCCAAGCAGAAAUCGGGCAAGCAAACGUCAUUUUGGAAUUUCAUAAAAUUUUUACACAUACAUGACAUACGCGAGAAGGUCAAUUAGCUUAUUUAUAGCCAAGCUUUUGAAAAAUUGAAAAUAAAGUAUAUGCCCAUUCAGUUAAAGCAACGGUGUAAAAAAAAAAAAAAAAACUGAGAGGAUAGGCCAAAACAUGUGAUGAAUGUUUUCUCCGGUAAAUCAAUUGCGCCUCAAACGGCACGCAGAAAAUCAGGCAAGAAAACGGUGGUUUAGGAAUUUCUUAGAAUUUUUACACAUACACGACACACACACUAAUGUUUAUUAGUUUAUUUACAGCCACGCUUUUGAAAAAUCAAGAAUAAAGUAUACACCUAUUAACAAA